GCGGUGUCAGCUGGGUAAAUUCACCGACAUCCAGGAAGAAAAAGACGAAGCUCAGUCUGCCCUGCGAGCCUGCACACUGCACACUCCCACGGCGAAAUUGACAGCAAUUUUGAACACCAAAUCACUGCUUGACCACUUUAGCAGGUAUGGCUGAAUUGGCAGGUCUGGUGCAGCGGCUGGAGGUAGCCGUGGGUCGUCUGGAGUCCAUGUCAGGCUCAGGAGGCGGCGCUGGAGGAGAUGCUGGGGGAGCUGUGUCUGCGUACGUCGAGGCCUUUGACGAGAUCGUCAAUGGUCCCGUGGCCGAGUAUUUGAGACUCAGCCAGAAAAUAGGGGGUGACGUCCAGAAACAUGCAGAAAUGUUACAGCAGGGGUUCACCUGUGAGAGAAAAAUCCUCAUGACUGCCUCCUCCUGUCAGAAGCCCGCUGAUGACGUUUUGAAUAAAAUCAUGCAGCCAGUGAGCGCAAUUGUAGUACAGGUACAGGCAUUUCGUGAGAAGAACCGCAGCUCACCGCUCUUCAACCAUCUCUCUGCUGUGAGCGAGAGCGUGCCAGCGCUCGGCUGGGUCGCUGUGGCUCCUAAACCAUGUCCGUAUGUCAAAGAGAUGCAGGAUGCCGCCAUGUUCUACACCAACCGUGUGCUCAAGGACUUCAAGGAAAAGGAUAAGACACAUGUGGACUGGGUGAAGGCUUAUAUCAACAUCUGGACUGAAUUGCAGAACUACAUCAAACAGCACCACACCACCGGGCUGUGCUGGAGCAAGAGUGGUCCCAAAGCAUCAGCUUCUGCAGCUCCCCCCUGUGCUCCCACUGGUGGUUGUCCCCCCCCUCCUCCCCCUGGACCUCCUCCUCCAAUGGACUUUGGUGAAAGCGGCAGCGGUGGCGGCGAUCCUGGGGCAAGUCGCAACGCUCUGUUCGCCUCCAUCAACAAAGGGGCUGACAUCACCAAAGGCCUGAAACACGUGAGUGAUGACCAGAAGACCCACAAGAAUCCAAAUCUGAGGGGUCAGUCUGCUUCCGUACGCAGCGGACCCAAACCUUUCUCUUCCCCUUCUUCCCGGCCUGCUGCAUCUGCAGCCCCCACCCGCACGCUGCCCCCCGUGUGUGAGCUGGACGGAAAGAAGUGGAAAGUGGAGAACCAAGAAGACGCAGCCAACCUGGUGAUUGACGAUACUGAGCUCAAACAGGUGGUCUAUGCUUUCAAAUGCAACAAAAGCUGCCUGACGGUUAAGGGCAAAAUCAACUCCAUCACUGUAGACAACUGUAAGAAAAUGGGCCUGGUGUUCCAAGACGUCGUGGGCAUCGUAGAGAUCAUCAACUCUAAGGAUGUCAAGAUCCAGGUCUUGGGUAAAGUCCCCACCAUCUCCAUCAACAAGACGGACGGCUGCCAUGUCUACCUGAGCAAAGACUCGCUGAACUGUGAGAUCGUCAGCGCCAAGAGCUCAGAGAUGAACAUCUUGGUACCCCAAGGCGAAGACGGCGACUUUGUGGAGACCCCUGUUCCAGAGCAGUUUAAGACCAUCUGGGACGGCAAGAAGUUCGUCACCACAGCAUCAGAGAUCGCCGGAUAGACGGUGGCGUGGCAGCGUUUGAAACGACCACCCUCCUCCACACCAUCCCCACAUCCCUUUUUUUGCAAAAAAAUGCCUUCCUGACUGAUCCACCGCCCCACCAGCUAACUCUCACACUGUAGACUUGAAAUUUGGACCUCAUGCAUUUAUAUCUUCCUCCCUCUUCAUUUUAUCAGCCAAUCACAGCUUCAGCUGUCCCUUCCUAUCAGCCAAUGAGAGGACUGCUCGCUUUUUAUUCUCUGGAGCAAAUCCUCCAGCCAAUCAGCAGGGAGCAGCUUGUCCUUCAGAUAGUUUUGUCCCCUGUGAGCACUUUUCAAAAACAUUCCUGAGUUUUGCCAAUAGCUGCGAUGCUCUGUGUGAUAUUUUGUAUCUAUCAGGAUGAUGCUAAGCUAAAUUUAACACGUAGAAUAGCCAAUGUGGGAAAAAGGCUUUCCCUAAGACACAAGCACUGCAGCCAAUCAGGACGCUUAAGGCUGUUGUUCUUUCCUCUCUGGACAGGAGGGGCUGGUGUUAGUUUUAAAGUCUGAUCGGUUCCUGUUUCAUUAUAUGCAAUUUAAAGGUGAAGCACUUCCAACAAAGCCCUUUUAAAGAAGAUAGCGACAUCCAUAUCACCUCAGCUGAUGUUGUCUGUAUUAUUAACACUCGUGGUGAAUAAAUAAGUGUCGGAGCAUAUAAAUAACAGUAAAAUCACAUUCUACACAUCAGGAAACUCUCCAUCUAGACAAUUAUUAUGUUAAAGCUGCCGGAUAAAUAUCAUUCCAUAUGCUUGCCCUCAAACCCACACAUCAGACAUUCCUUAUGUCAAAAAUUACAAUAAAAAAACAUUCCAUGUAAGGAGACGUGUAAGAGUAAGUUUGCAAGAAAGAGACAGAGAUGUUGGUUAAAAUAUGGAGGAUUAAGAAGAGGCUGAAAAGACCCACCCACUACCAUGCUUCAAAUCUCCACCUCAGUCUCUAGUGGAAAUAUCUGCUGUAAUCAUCUGUAUAAAUAUGAACAAUUAUUGAAAAGUCUUAAAUAAUCGUAGCCACGUCUUUGGUUUUCAGCUCACGCCGCUGUACAGCUGCUCGCUGACUUUUCUUUUAUAUCGUCUCUUUUUCUUUUACCUCCUUUUUAUUUCGGGUCCAAAAUCAGAGUUUUGCUCAUUAGUACUGGAGACAUCAUUAAAAAUGUUGCAAUAA